AGCUGAACCCUAAACCGGAAAUGAACUCCUUCUCGUCCUCGUAGUAGAUUUGUUGACAGAGCUCGGGAUCCGAACUCGAGAUACUCGGGGACAAUGUCCCGUUUCGAAGUUGGCCAAAUCCUCUGGGGCAAGAUAUCCUCUUACACAAUUGCCGUUUCCCUCCGCAACCGUCCCGGCGGGCCAUGGCUUGCCAUAGGGCCGAACUGCGAGCGUUUUGUGGUGAAAACCGGGCCAGAAAACCGGCUGCAGAAAGAAGCCCAAGCACUCCGACUCUUUCGGGGAUGCGGCCCCCUGCGCCAGCUCGUCGAUGAGGUUCAAGACCCACCCUCCCUGGUGCUGGAGUACAUGGACAGCAGCGUCCUCAGCUUGGUGAAGAAGAACAAGCUCGCACGGGUUGAAGCGAAGCGUGCUCUUCAAGCAGCCGCCCAGGCGCUUGUCGCAUUGCACGAGAACGGCAUUGUACACACAGAUGUUAAGCCGGACAACAUCUUGGCCAGGGACAACGCUCCGGGCGGCGCUCUGUACAAACUCAGCGACCUCGGCGACUGUUCCCCAGCAGACGUGCCCUCCAACGAUGGCAACCACCUGAUCGGCGCCGAGAUCUUCUGCGCUCCGGAGGUGCUCCUUGGGAUUCCGUGGACGGCCAAGGCCGAUAUCUGGGGGCUCGGAGCCACAGGAAUCACCCUCAUAACGAGGAGUUACAUCUUCUUCCCCAGGAACCCCCCACCUCCGAAAGACCCGCGGCUAUCCCUCGCCGUUCUCCAGAUCCAGAAUGACUUUUACGGACCCAUCAGCAGAGCCGCGUUUCGCAGCCUCGCAAAGGACUCCGAUUUACCCCUACUGCAACAACUUGAAGAGAGCUACCGCCCGUUUCCACUUUCGAAGGCAUCCCCGCUGGUCAGGCAGGAAGAUGUUGAAUUCUUUGGGUACAUAAUGAGGGCCGACCCAAGAGAGCGCCCAUCAGCAAGCGAGAUUCUGCGGCACCCGUGGUUCGACGGCGUCUAGACAGCCGGCUCGCCUGAGUUCAGAAAGAGACAAGCGAUGGCACGUUCCAGAAUGGUAAUGUGUAAUAUGACUAGGUAAUCGGUAGUAGUUAGGAGUUAGAAUACGUAGGUACAGAAAUGGGAAGUUGUUUAGG